AUUUAAGGCCCCGCCCGCGUGCAGCUCUCCGUGCUGGAGCCACUGUCGCCGAGCCCAGGCCACGCAGCUGCUGCUCGCCCAUCGCCCCCCAUCGUGCACUUGCGGUCCCAAAAGACUCAAAAGAUUCAAAGUCCAAGAUGACAACCCUCAAGGACCAGCUGAUUGUGAAUCUUCUUAAGGAAGAACAGGCCCCCCAGAACAAGAUUACAGUUGUUGGGGUUGGUGCUGUUGGCAUGGCUUGUGCCAUCAGUAUCUUAAUGAAGGACUUGGCAGAUGAGCUUGCCCUUGUUGAUGUCAUAGAAGACAAGCUAAAGGGAGAGAUGAUGGACCUCCAGCAUGGCAGCCUUUUUCUUAGAACACCAAAAAUUGUCUCCAGCAAAGACUAUUCUGUAACUGCGAACUCCAAGCUGGUCAUUAUCACAGCGGGAGCCCGUCAGCAAGAGGGAGAGAGCAGGCUCAAUCUGGUCCAGCGGAACGUGAACAUCUUCAAGUUCAUCAUUCCCAACAUUGUGAAGUACAGUCCACACUGCAAGCUGCUUGUUGUCUCAAAUCCCGUGGAUAUCUUGACCUACGUGGCUUGGAAAAUCAGUGGCUUUCCCAAAAGCCGAGUUAUUGGAAGUGGUUGCAACCUGGAUUCAGCUCGGUUCCGUUACCUGAUGGGAGAAAGGCUGGGAAUUCACCCGCUGAGCUGUCACGGGUGGGUCCUGGGAGAGCAUGGCGACUCCAGUGUGCCUGUGUGGAGCGGUGUGAACGUUGCUGGCGUCUCCCUGAAGUCUCUGAACCCACAACUGGGCACUGAUGCAGACAACGAGCAGUGGAAGGAGGUUCACAAGCAGGUGGUGGACAGUGCGUAUGAGGUGAUCAAGCUGAAAGGUUACACGUCCUGGGCCAUUGGCCUCUCUGUGGCAGACUUGGCCGAGAGCAUAAUGAAGAACCUUAGGCGGGUGCAUCCCAUUUCCACCAUGAUUAAGGGUCUCUAUGGGAUCAAUGAUGAUGUCUUCCUCAGUGUCCCGUGUAUCCUGGGACAAAAUGGAAUCUCGGAUGUCGUGAAGGUGACACUGACUCCUGAGGAAGAGGCCCGCCUGAAGAAGAGUGCAGAUACCCUCUGGGGAAUCCAGAAGGAGCUGCAGUUCUAAAGUCUCCCCAGUGUCCUAGCACUUCACUGUCCAGGCUGCAGCAGGGUUUCUAUGGAGACCACACACUUCUCAUCUGAGCUGUGUUUAGUACAAUUGUGUUGAGGUGGUCUGGGGAAAAAGCCUCAGUUCCCACAGCUCUACCCUGCUGCCAAGUGGUACUUGUGUAGUGGUAACCUGGUUAGUGUGACAGUCCCACUGUCUCUAAGACACACUGCCAACUGUGUGCAGGCUUCGAUUACCCUGUGAGCCUGCUUGCUGCGUUGCUGCCCUGCGCACUCUCACCAAACAUGCCUCGGCCAACGAGUUCCCAGUUAGUCAUAACCUGGCUCCAGUGUGUAAGUCCAUUAUGCAUAUCUUAUGCAUAAGUGUUCUACAGAAUAUUUUAUGUAUUAUAUGUGUAGUGUACAUUGCAAUAUUAUGUGAAAUGUAAGGUCUGCAUAUGGAUGAUGGAACCAACCACUCAAGUGUCAUGCCAACAAAAACACCAAAUAAACCUUGAACAGUGA